AUGUCUAGCGAAGACGACUCGAUUGCACCGACGCGGAAUUUGGAGGCCCAAAGUGCCUUUGCUUCUACGCUUGUGAAUGAUAUUGAGAAAGGUGGUCCGUCUAAGACGGGAAUCAGGCCAGAGAAAGAGCACAAGAAUAUGUUCGGAGUGAAAAUUAAAACUCCUGAAAGUCAUGCUGGAACAGAUGCUGUCUUUGCUGCUAAGGCUCAGUUACUUAAUGCGGCUAUGUUGGAUGUUGGGAUGGGGAGGUAUCAGUGGUUGCUUUUUCUAAUGACUGGUGUUGGGUGGUUCCUUGACAGUUUCUGGAUGAUGUCCUUCUCGGUAAUUGCCCCAUCAGCUGGAAACGAAGCUCAAUUCUUCUUCACUGGCAAUAAUGAUGACUACCUCUUCAUUAGCUUGUUCGUCGGGUUGACUGUGGGGGGAACCCUUUGGCCCAUGAUGUCGGACACACUUGGUCGGAAGUGGAUGUUUACGAGCACGAUUGUUCUCAUGGGUAUGGGUGGACUAGUGGGUGCUGGUAUGCCCUCGUUCACUGGACUCUGUGUUGUGGGAUUCGUUGUUGGCUUUGCGGUAGCCGGCAACCAGAGUGUAGAUGCGAUGAUUCUUCUAGAGUCACUGCCUGCAUCACAUCAAUUUAUGGUCGCGCUACAAGGUGUCUUUUGGGGGCUUGGCCAGUUGGUCGCGUCUGCUAUUGGCUGGGCCUUCAUCGAGCUGUACACCUGCGGUACUGGCCCUGACGAAGUGAGCACCUCGCAAUCAAUGGGUCAGAAGCGCGCACUCGGCCACUCAAGCAGCGCUUCAUCGUCCAGCAGUAGCAGCUCAUCCUGCCACUACGUCAGCAACAAAGGCUGGCGAUACGUCUGGUGGACCUUCGGAUGCAUCACUAUUUUCCUCUAUCUGUGCCGCUUCGUAUUCUCAUUCUACGAAACGCCCAAAUUUCUGCUCGCGCGUCGUCGGGAUGCAGAGGUCACCCAGCUGGUCAAGGAUAUUGCUCUUUACAAUAAACGCCAGAUCUGGAUCACUGAGGCAUCCUUUGCUCGGAUUGAUUCGACAAUCAAUGCGUCUGAGAACGAGCUUCGUACCAAGUCGCGAACCAAGUCUCUUGUCUCUUCGCUUGGUCUCGGAGGCACUGUAUGCCUUGCUCUCCUAUGGAUGGCCAUGGGUCUCACUUUCAUUCUACAUGAAACCUAUAUCUCGAAUUAUCUUGCAACCUACGGCGUCAGCAAAGUCACCGCUCUCACAGUUACCAGACCAUACCUGUAUAGUCGCUAUCUCUACAUUGCUCUGUGCGCCAUUCCUGGGCCCUUGAUCGCGGCUCUCCUCAUCGAAGUCAAGGGUAUUGGCCGUAAACGCACCGGUGCAGGGAUUGCGAUCCUCACUGGACUGUUCAUGCUUCUCGCGACAGUGUCUCGAUCCCGUGAAGCUGCACUGGCCUUCGAAUGCAUUCUUAGUUUCCUGAAGUAUGCCGGCCUCGCCACGCUCACCGUCUACACUGUGGAGAUUGUUCCGACGCAAACUCGUGGAUUCGGUCUUGGUGUGAUGAUGUUCUUUUGGGGCGUGUUUGGAUUGAUUGCGUAUGUCAUUACUACGUUUGAAGGUUCGGUUGUCUCGGGUGGUGGGCCUGUUUGGUUCAGUGGCGCUUUUUGGAUUGUGCUGGCCGGUGCGUGGUUGGCCGUGCCCAUUGAGACGCAGGCUGUGGCGGCUGCAUGA